AUGUUCCGACGCAGCAGCAGCGGCGCAGCAGAUGCAGCAGACGAAACAAAGCCGGAAGUCGGAGCGAAAGGCGCAUCAUUUUCGGAGAGCCACCAAGUCUCCCUGGCGGGCGAUUUUCGGAUCCUGCCGCCCAGUGCGUGGCAGACGUUGCACGCUCGCUUCCACACGACACAGAUCGAGCAGGAUGCCUUCGUUGCUGGGCCUGGGCAGGAGCAGGCUUCGCAGGAGUUGGAGAACAAUGUUCUCGAACUCCUGCGAAGCCUGCUCCUGCCCGCAGCAGGCCAGGGCUUGAACGAACUUCGUUGGCACACAAACCAACACAAGGAACAACAGCAGCAGCAGCAGCAGCAGCAAGCAUCAACAACAACGGCAACAACAGUUUCUGCUGCAGUCACGAGCCUUGUUCUCCGCUGCCUCUUUCUCCGAUGCUUCCAGCUCCUGUGGCACGGCUCGUGGAUCCGAAGCAGUCCGAAGCUAAGUCAAGAAUCAGACAAUAAUCAGGGCUGUCUUCGGCUCAGACUGUGCUGUCUCUCGAGCUCUCUGGUGAGGUGGGUGAGGUCUUGCAGAGGGCACCCGGGAGGUUCCGCGGCUUGGUUGGCGGUGCCUGGCAGAGGGUGCAAGGAAUCUUCCGCCGCAGCAGCAGCGAAACAGCAAACGAAGAAGAUCUUCAAGUUGGAGGAAUCCGCGGAUGGGAGCGAGAUGUUGGAGAGCCAGGCAGCCUCGCUUAGCGGCGAUUUCCGGAUGCUGCCUCCCAGCGCCUGGGAGGCUCUGCAUGCUCGCUUCUGCCCGACAAAGCUGGAGCAGGAGGCAGACGCUGCAGCCACGUCUCCGGUGUCAAACAACGAGACCGCCACCGACAUGCCCGUCGAAACGACGAGCCAAGCGUCGGAAUCCCAAGAUCCGGACGCUAAGCUUAACUAUGCCUCAUCAAACUGCAAUAUUGCUCGUGCAUUGACCGAAGCACCGCCGUCGCCGGAGAGCGACUGGUUGGAUGAUGUUGUGCUCGGGGUACCCACAGCGCAGUGUGAAGCGGCCUUGCCCAAGGAGACGUCGGAAUUCAUCACAGCUCCCACCGAUGCUGCCUCUGAGAUUCCUCACGCGGAGGAUGCAGAUGCUUCAACCGAAGCGGCACCGUCGCCGGCGAGCGACUGGUGGCUGGCCUUCUGCGUCGCCGUGCAGCAGAACCUUUGCUGCGCCCGCGUGCGCUGA